GAUUUCAGUGUUGAAUUAAUCGUCGGAGCCAAACAAGGCCGCCGGUUGAGCUCGGUUGUCAUUGGUGUAUGAUGGUCAGGGUUCAGGUGGCUAAUGUUUGGUACAAGGAUAAGGGUGGCGAGGGUUGGGAGGCCUGCUCUGGUUGCCUCGCCGACGAUGUUGCUGUUGAAGAGAGCCUCCCUGCAAUUCGGAAUGACAGAGCUGGUGCUGUGAAGGCGCACCCGGCAUCUCCCUCACGGCCUAGAUGUCUAACCUCUGCUGGAGUGCCAUACACAGAUCCAGAAGAGCGCUUUCCCGCCAGUGGCUCUUUUCAUUGUGCAAGUGAGAUUGGUUGGAUUAGUCCACUUUUCUCAACCAUGGGAUCCUGCCGACGACGGGAUUCAGGGAUGGUUGUUGGAGGUGGAUCCGCGGAUGGAGCCACUUGUUGGUGGUGUGUUUCUGUUGGUCUUGUGUUUGAUUUCGUUAAAGUCGUUGGUACUCAUGAUUAGUGGGAUCGGCAACAACAACAAAAAGUUUAAUGUUUUA